AUGGAUAUGGACGGGGGAGAGGCAUCUGUCCAGGUUGCUGUUCGGAUUCGGCCUGUAAAGCAGCCGUGCCACGAAGCCACCGCAAUUAGCUUCGUAGACAGCACAGUCGCAGUGACAUCAGUUCAUGGCACUGAGCAAACAGAUGUGGACCACAUCUUGGUGGAGACUUUUGACAAAGAUGCAGAAGCUUCCCAAGCGAGAGUCUUUGAGCGUUUGGGCGAGCCCAUCAUCCGGGGAGCUCUACGAGGCAUCAGCCAAGGAAUCGUCUUUUAUGGAGCCUCAGGUUCCGGGAAGACCUACACAGUGCUGGGGACCAGAGAAAAGCCUGGCCUCUUGUCGCGCCUCGAGAAAGCUCUCCUACGCCCAGACUUGUACGACACACCCAAUGAGAUUCGCGUAUGGUUCAGCGCGUUGGAGAUAUUCAACGACCAGGCCCAAGACAUGUUGGCGACAAAACCCUUGUCGGAGCGCAGACAUGCUCCAGUCUUCCUUCAUCACCCCGUCCUUGGUGUACAGGUGGUCGGUGCAACAGAGACUCCUGUAGAAUCAUGCAAUGUGGAGGAGCUGAUAGAUUUCUCCUUGAAGCGACGUGCGCUUGGUCGCACAUGCCUGCACGCAUCGUCCAGCCGUUCCAGCCAAGUCUAUUGCUUCCGGGUGGAAGUGCAAGGUGCCUCAGGUCACCCAUCGACUGCGCGGGUGUACCUCUUCGACCUGGCUGCUCCGUCGGCAUCACGGAGGGCCGCCUGCUCCUCACUGACGGCCUUGCAGACCACGGUGCGGGAGCUAUCUGAAGGCAGCCGACCUCGAGACUCCACUUCCUUGGGCUCUCCGCUGACGCUUGCUCUUCGAGACGCAUUGCAAGGCAGCUGGUGCUCGCUGCUGGUAGCCACUCUGUGUGCUGGAAGCCAGCACGCAUCGGAAUCUGCAGCCACGCUGCGGUUUGCUCGUGAGAUGCGUCAGUUGCAGACUCGCCCUGUGGCUUCGAAGACGCGACCGGAACAGCUCCAACUGUUGCAGGAGGAAGUGGCAGAGCUGCGGAAGGAAGCAGACCAGCUGGGUUUGGGCAGCAUGCUUAAGGCAUCGCUGGAUGACAGAAGCAGCCUCAUCGCAGAGAUCGUGAAGCAGACUGCAUGUCAAACGGAGGAGAGUUGCAAGCUGGCGAGGCAGCGCACCAAGGCUCUGGAAUGGUGUGGGUUGCUGACAGAGAACUCGGAGGAUCUGAGACGGAAGGAUACAACAACGCCGUAUCUUCUGAACAUGUCUGACGAUCCUGUUCUUGCAGGCUGUCUGCUCUACUACCUACCACAAGGGGAGAGGAUUUCCAUUGGAAGUGAUCUGGACAGCUCUAUAGUCUUUGAUGGCUUGGGCAUCCUGCCCAAUCUGUGCAGCAUCAUCAACAGUGAUGACAGGCACCUCAGUAUGGCUCGUCCAGACUUUGCUCGCCGGCAUGUGCUGCACAAUGGCAAGAUGCUUACCACUUCCGAGAGUGUCCAGCUCUCUGACAAUGAUAGGGUUUGCCUUGGCAGAGCCCAGUUGCUUCUCUUGAAGAUCCCUCUUCAGCCAAAGGCUGAGCCUAAACCACUCCAGCUGGAAUGCAAGCUUCCAGGGAAUUUGUCGGAGUUGCUUCCGGCCUUGCAGGUGCAAGAGGACAUAACUUUUGAGAUGGUACAUCCUCUUCUUGAACACUCCGACUCGCUGAAAAAUGUACAGUGCUACGUGAAGGACUUACUUCCCAAGUUGCCGGCCUCCAAUGGUCUUGCUUGCUUCACAGUGUUGCGCGAAGUAUGCUAUUUGCUGGACGAAGCAAAUCUGAUUACUCGGGAGGUCAGGCCGGAGGAUCACAUGCAUUUCCAGGUAGAACUAAUCUGGGACAUCGAGCGAAAUCCGGAGGAGGUUCUUUUGAUUGCUUUGAUAAGCUACGGGAAAGGCAUCCAUACUGCACCAGCCACGGGAGCUUUACCAGAUUGUCAAGUCCUCCACUACUGGUCGUACAGACGGUUCCUGGAGAAGCUGGAUGAGAUGCGGGAGGUCCAUCGUCUGCAUUGCCAAGGGCUGAACGGAUGGACAGGUCGUGGGGACCCUUUCCAUGACCCUUGGAUGGAGCCAAGUGCGGACGCGCUGAAGCAGUACGUGCUGACCUCUUCGUGUCAGGCGGCGACCACGUGUGGCUAUGUGUCGAUGGAGCAUGGUCGUACACUGCACAAGGCAUCAGCAGGCUACGCGACAGCCGAGGGCGAUCAGCUGCGCGGCCGGAUCGACGAGCUAGUGCAGGAGCUGGAGGAGAAAAAUGCUGAGCUGGAAGAGAAGGACCAGAUUGUGGGCGAGCUAAAGGAGCAGAUGGUUCAGAUCACGAACCUACUGGGCGGAUUUGCACCAGAGGCUGCGCAGCGCUUUGUUUUGGAGCAGCCCGAGCCCGAGGCACCUUGCAGCAAAGAGAAGCGCGACUCGCCGCCAAGUGAAACUGAGCAUUCCUGCACGAUGACAGUCUCUGCAUCCACAUCGGAGGGUGGCUUCGGCGUCGGAGAUACUCGAGAUACUCGCGAGUCCCCGAAGCGCUCUCGAGGCUUUCGUGUGGACAACUUUGGUGCAUCCAAAGGAAAUCAUGGCGGCGCUGCUCUGCUGAGCCAGUCCAGCCUAACCCCGCCUCAUUACUACCGGGACUUGCGAAGAUGA